CUUUUCAGUGCAGGUUCCGCUGCAUGUGCUGACACCAAGGUGCUCGGAGGUCCCAACACUGAGAACUGUUUUUAUAAUUAACAUUAUCGUGGACUGUUGUUGCUCUCGUGGAAAGGCUGUUCUCUCUCUCUCUCUCUCUCUUUAUCUAUCUCUCUCUCUCUCCCUCUUUUUCUCUUUCUGUUUUUCUCUUCCCGGCUUUCUCAAUAUCAUCGGUAAACUCAGUGCUUCGCGUCUAUUCAAGAGCGAUCCUUGUUAGAUAUUUGCUUCAUCAAACUGCAGCUUUGGCAAUCGAGCAGUUUAAUCAAUCUUUUGGCAAAUUGUUUUGGAGAGACCAAAAAGAAAAAAGAUGGUCAUGGAGGCAUCCCCCUCGCCGCAAAGUGUCGGACGCGAAUUUGUCCGACAAUAUUAUACUUUGCUUAAUCAAGCCCCAGCACAUCUUCAUAGGUUCUAUAAUCAACAUUCUUCUUUUGUACAUGGCGGGUUAGAUUCUAAUAGAGAAUCGACGCCUGCUAUUGGUCAAAAACAAAUACAUCAAAAGAUUCAACAACUCAAUUUUCGUGAUUGCCAUGCAAAGAUAAGUCAAGUUGAUUCACAACUUACUCUUGAAAAUGGAGUUGUUGUACAGGUAUCUGGCGAAUUAUCUAAUGCUGGACAACCGAUGCGCCGCUUCACUCAAACUUUUGUGUUGGCCAUCCAAGCACCAAAAAAGUAUUACGUACACAAUGACAUUUUCCGUUAUCAAGAUUUGAUUUUUCCUGAUGAAGAAGAAACGGAUGUGAGUGGGAUGGAAGGAGGUAUGAAUGAGACCACUGAAAGAGAUGCGGAAGAAGGUGGUCCUUCUGAACCAGAUGAAGAUGAACAUCAAAAUCAAGGACAGCCACUUACAGGCUCUGCACCAACUGCCGAACCGCAAAGUCAACCCACUAUUAUUCCUACGCAACAACCUCAACUUCAACAACAACAGAUCUAUUAUACACAACCACCACAGCCAUUGGUACAUCCUGUGAUGCAACAAGUUUUAAACGGAUCCGUUCAUGAGGAAACGACAUUGAUUAAUCAACAACAGCCUCAGCCUCAACAGCAACAACAACAACAACAACCUCCACCACCACCUCCCGUACAACAGCAACAACAACAUCAAUAUGUUGCUGAGACAGCAGCACAGACUCAGUUUGUUCAAGAAGCAGAAACAGAUACAGCGGCGGAACAGCAAACGUCGGCGGAGGAAGAACCGCAAGUACAAUCAGAAGAAACUCAGGAACAAACGGAUACUGAGACAUUUACACCAUCUGCACAAGAAACUGAACCUGAACAUCAAGUAUCUAAUACGAAUGUUAGCAGUAGCGGGCCUAAAACUUAUGCUAAUUUGGUAAAAUCUUUUCCAAGUUCCACCGCUACUCCUAGUCCUCAGGUUCCGAAGAUAUCUAUGUCCCCUCCACCAAUGACGAAUUUGAGGUUAGACGAUAGAUCACCGUUGCAUCCUACAGGUAGUGGAGCUACAUUAUCAGGAAUGAACGUGGCUACGUCUCAACCACAAACUCAUAGAACAAACAGUAAUCAACAACCUCAACAACAACCACAGCAUCAACAACAAAGAGCCUCGAGAGGUGGUCUUGUUCAACGAGAUGGAGAAAGACGUGGAGGAGCAAGACCGUGUCAAUACAGUGACGCUCAUCAACUAUUUCUUGGAAAUUUGCCACACAAUGCGUCCGAACACGAUUUGCGUCAAUUAUUUGAACGGUAUGGCAGAGUGGCGGAUUUACGUGUACACAGUAAAUCCAGUGACAGAUGCAAAGGUCCAUUGGGUAGUAACAAUGCUGCGAAAGUACCGAAUUAUGGAUUUAUUACUUUUGAGGAUCAAUUAGUUGUUACGAAAGUGUUAAACUCUUUGCCUAUAUUUUAUCCUGAUGAGCACGGACAAAAGUUGAACGUGGAAGAAAAGAAAACUAAGCCUAGGAUGUCAAUGGAUGGUAGUGGAGGAAGAUUGAAUUCUGGUGACGGUAAUAUGCGACCAAUGGGAGGACAACAACAACAACAGCAACAACAGCAACGUGGACCAGGUGGACCAGGAGGAGUGAUGAGGGGUGGUCAACAUGGAGCAAGAGGUGGUCGCGGUGGCUUUUCAAGAGGAGGAGAUGGUGGUAGGGGAGGUGGUGGAAUGAGACAACCUGGUAAUCCAAGCAACGCCAGUUAUCAAAAUCGUCGCUAAUAUAAAAGUGAUGAUUAAAAAGAGUCAUCUCCCAUUCCCUUCUUUGUCGGAUAUAAGUCUCACCGGUACAUUACUACCAUCCUCUCAUUCCCAAAACACACACAGAACCCAGGACUAGUUCGUACGCUACUCGACGUCGAUAAAGAUGUCGCCCUUGUACGCUUAUAUCUGCUUGAAACGUUCGUCAAGCAGUUAAAAACUAUUAAACCAGACGUCGGCACAAUUAGUACGAAAUACGAACUCGAACUACGUGAUGAAGGAUAUACAAUAUUAUGAUAUGGCUUAUAUUCGUGAUCACAUUAAGCCAAUAUAAUAUUUUCUUCAUCAGACGUCAAGACUUAAAAAAAAAAGGAAAAAAAAAAAAAAAAAGGAAAAAAAAAAAGGAAAAAAAGAAAAAAAGAGAUGGAAAAAGAAAAAAAAAAGAAUAAUUACCUUUAUUCUUCUUCUUCUUCUUCUUCUUCUUCUUCAUGGCCACCACACCCAAGUCGAUAAAGUCAACUCGAGUUUGUUCUUCAUACAUUAACCGACCAGGAAUUUUAAAGACUUUACAAUGAAAACUUAAUAAACGAAAUAAUAUUAACAAAAAUAAAGAAAAGGAAAGAAAAGUACAUACAUACAUACAUACAUACGUAUAUACAUACACACAUACGUACACACACCCAGCCACACACAUCAUAUAUACACACAAACAUAUGUUAUAUGUACGUGUAUAAUGGAGUGACACGUGACCAUCUGUCUGUAAAUCCUGGACAACGUCUUUCAACAAUAACAACUAGUACUGCUACUACUAUUACUACUACAACUAUCACCAUUACUACUACUUCUGCUACUACUACUACUACUACUACUACACUACUAUAGCAGCAGCAAAAAAUAACAACGUACACAGGGUACGAUGUUUCUUCUUAAACAUCAAUUUCAGGCAAAAAGGAUGAAAACAAAACAAAAAAAGAAAGGAAGAAAUUUCACUGGGUAUAUUAAUUAUAAGGAGAGAGUUAUAAUAUAGUGUGACGUGGAUCUAAUUUGUAUUUUCUUUUAUUUUCAUCUUAUUCUCUCUUUCUCUCUCUCUCUCUCUCUUGCUCUCACUCUUUCUCUCUUUCUCUCUCUCUCUCUCUCUCUCUCUCAACAACACGUCACACAUACAUAUAACUCUUUUUCUCUUAAUUUAUUCCACCUUUCCAUGAGCCAAAUUAAUCCUACGAUCUAAGUGAAAAAAAACAAAAAAAGAUAAAAAAGAGAGAGGGAGGGAAAGAAA